CCGAGCCCGAGGCGGGGGAGCUGCCCUUCAGCUGCCGCCUGCAGGACACCAACGCCUUCUUCGGGGGCAACCAGGGCAAGCGGCCCCCCAAGCUGGGACAGAUCGGCCGCGCCAAGAGAG